AUGGAGGAGCCCUUCCCUUGCAAAGGGUUUGGCGGUCAGUGUAACUGUAAGCCCAAUGUUAUUGGAAGGACGUGUUCGCGCUGUAAGACUGGAUUUUAUGGCUUUCCUCAUUGCAAGGCAUGUAACUGCCCGUCCACUGCAGUAUGUCAUCAAGUGACUGGUGAAUGUAUUUGUCCCCGAGGCGUGACUGGAGAGCAGUGCAACAAAUGUCUUCCUUUGACUUUUGGUUUCGAUCCAAUCAUUGGAUGCGUUGACUGUGACUGCGAGCCCUAUGGCGUACAGAAUCGCGAUCUCCAGUGCGAUGUGGACACAGGAAACUGCAAUUGUAAACGCAAUAUAAUCGGCCGCACCUGUAAUAAAUGCAAACACGGAUUUUGGUCGUACCCUCACUGUCAGCUCUGCAAAUGUGAUCUCAGAGGUGCGACGGAAAAUAUAUGCGAUCAGAGAACCAGUCGGUGUUACUGUAAAGAAAAUGUGGACGGGGAGUAUUGUGAUCAGUGUAAACGGGAUUCAUAUAACCUGGAAGAGAGCAAUGUGUUGGGCUGUACUAAAUGCUUCUGUUUCGGCACAACAGACCGAUGCAACCCUUCUUCACUCGUCACCAUUCAGAUCCUCGAUAUGGAUAAGGGAUGGAAAGUUGUGACCCUUUUAUUCACGGAUACAAUGCAUAUGGAAGUGCAUCCCAUUAGUAGAGAUCACGUGAAAGUUGAAUACGAGUCCGGCGGAAGAGUUAAGGCCAAACAGCCGGCCCUCAGACCAACCGAUUCGAGCGCUAAUUUUAUUCUAUAUUUCUCUCUACCGGAGGAAUAUUUGGGAAAUAGGAUCACAUCUUAUGGCGGAGUUCUUAGAUAUAAAUUACACAAUACUGUGGACAGAGAGAAGUCGGACGCGACGGGAAUGGUUGCCGCGGAUCUGGUCUUAGAGGGACAUAAUAUAACAAUAAUUCACGAACACAUAGAACAGCCCACACUCGACGACCCCUUUGAGUUCAACACUACACUCGUUGAAAGAGAGUUCAGACAUUUGAAUGGACACGAAGUGACUCGCGAGCAGAUGAUGAUGGUUUUGGUUGCUUUGGACGCCAUAUAUAUUAGGGGAACAUAUUUUGAGCCAAUUUCGGAGAUUUAUGUCGAGAAUGUAUUACUCGAUAAAGGGGUUGAAGGGCGACGUAUAGCCGGUGCACCCAAGGCUUCAACUGUUGAACAAUGCGUUUGUAAACCAAAUUAUAGGGGAACUUCAUGUGAGGAAUGUGCCCCGGGAUAUUACAGAGCUCCGACGGGACCCUAUCUGGGCUUUUGUGUACCUUGCUCAUGUAAUGGCAAAUCGAGUGAAUGCGAUCCUGUGACCGGCAAGUGCUUCAACUGUCAGUACAACACCGAAGGCGAUCACUGUGAGAGAUGUAUCUCAGGCUACCAUGGUGAUGCCACCAGAGGCACUCCUUAUGAUUGUCUAAUAUGCGCCUGUCCUCUGCCAUUGGCCAGCAAUAAUUGUGAAGUAUCUCCAAACGGACUUGAGAUUAGUUGUCAAUGUAAAACAGGCUAUUACGGGUCUCGAUGUGAUGUAUGCGCUGCCGGACACUUUGGUCGUCCAGAAGUGAUUGGCAGCAGUUGUCAGACUUGUAAUUGUAGCGGAAAUAUUGAUUACACAAACCCAGGCAGUUGUGAGUCCACAACCGGUGAAUGUAUUCAAUGUCUGCAUAACACGACUGGCCGGGCGUGUGAGCUCUGCGACUCGGGAUUCUUUGGCGAUGCCAUCCAUAUGAAGAACUGUUCCAAAUGUUCGUGCGAUGAGUGCGGUACUGAUGUGUGCAACCACUAUACGGGUGACUGUAAGUGUCGCACCAAUGUUAUCGGCAAUACCUGUGACCGAUGCGCACCCGACCACUGGGGCUACAGAACGUGUGGUGGAUGUCGCAAAUGUUUGUGUCAAAUGGGAGCUAUUGGUACGGCUUGUGACGAUGAGACGGGUCAAUGCAAAUGCAAACCUGGAGUUUUGGGCCAACGAUGUGACACAUGUGAGCCUGGUUAUUGGAAAUACAGUCAAUUUGGAUGCACUUCAUGCAAUUGUGCUGAAAAGUAUUCAUACGGUGCCGUUUGUGACCAAAACACUGGACAGUGUCAGUGUUUGCCGGGUGUUGUCGGCGAGAGGUGCGACAGUUGUCCCCACAGAUGGGUUUUUAUCGCCAAAACUGGUUGUCGUGAGUGCGGGCCCUGUGUCCACGAACUAUUGGAUGACACGGAUGCUCUCAAAGAACUCAUUGAUCCUUUAAGACAUGAAAUGCAAAACACAUCGUCCACAGUGUUUGCUUACAGACGUCUCAAUCAUAUGAAUAAAUCUUCGCUGAGGGCCGAAGAACUGGUCGAAGAGAUGAAGAAGAAUCCCAAACAAAUUGAUUUAUUGCCACUCUUUACGAAAGCACAGAAUCUAAACCAAGAAAGCGAUUCAUUGCUCAGCAAAAGCGAAUCUGCCCUCAAAGAAGUGGCAAAGGUUUUAGUGGAGGCCUUGUCUGUGAGGGACGACUCAGCAAUGAGUGAUCAACUCAUACGGGAAGCUAUUGUGAAGUCAUCUCUUGUUGUCGAAGAUCUUAAAAAACUUGAAGAAGGUUUUCAAUUAGCGUCGGCUUUAAUCGGACAAAGCAUUGAAAGAAGGAUAGCUGAGGCCGAGAGGAUGGCACAGGAGGUCCGGAAUAAGAGCUUUGCAGACAUGCAUAAUAAGACAGAACUGGAAGAAGCGAAAAAACUUUUAGAGAGAGUGACUCUGUUUAAAGAGCCAUCGUUUGCCACUAAACGACAAAUCAAUGACACCAAUGUGAAUGUGGUGAAUGUGAUCAAACUAUUGUCAGAACUUAUGAACAGAAGUCACGAAUCGCUGAAAAUAAUUGUCAAAGUUGAAGAACUCAAUAAACAGAUCCUGAAUCGACACUUUGAUCGGGACAUCUCUAACUUAAAGACUGAUAGCGAAGGUGUUCUCGAAAUUGUGAACAAAUCAAGAGAUUUACUCGAAGAGACUAAGAAAGCAUUGACACCAACCGAGUCUUUAAUUAUAGAUUUGGCGCAAAUGUCUCGAAGACUAACAACUGAUACCAUUAAGUUCAACGACUCUAUGAUUAAAUCGCAGACAGAGACCAACCAAAUCGGACCGUUCAUUACGAAGGCUGAAUCCCACGCCUCAUCCCUGCGAAGACAAAGUGACGAAUUGGACCGAAUGUUCGCCGGAACCAGACUUCGAGCUAACGAUCCAUUGAGAGCCGCCAAUGCGUUCAACUCUAUUGCUGAAGCCUUAGAUAACGCCACCAAAUCAUCCAAAGAUGUCAUCAUUUCGGCAGAAAGAGUGUCGACAGACGAGACAUUAAAUGAAUUGAUUAAACAUAAGGAUAAAAGUCAUGAUUUAUCUAAAGAAUCGCGUAAAUCGAGUAUUAAAAUAGAGUCAGAUUUGGCGAAUCCACUGAAUAGGGCAUUGCUUAGAGUUAAUGACAUCGAAAAACAAACCAAUAUUUUAUUGACUAAUAAGUCACUGAUUAACGAAAAUUUAAAAAUUCUUUCGGAUCUGAAAAGCCUUCAAGAAUUGAGUAAAAAAUCGACGGCAGCCGCAGAGAUAGCAGAUAUGGCCACUAAGAAGAGUAAUGACAACAUCGGAGUAUUGGCCGCAAGAAUAGAGGAAAUUGAGAAGAAAGCGGCGGAAGUUCCCAAAGAUAUGAAUGCCGUCAAGAGUGACAUCCGUGCGAGUCGUGAUCUAAUUGAACACAUUUACACCCAAAGUCUUGAUAAGAAUCGAAUCGAAGAGGCGAAGAAUAAAUACGAGAAACUCAAGACUCUUAGAGAUGGAUAUAAGGUUAAGAUCAGUGAUUUGCAGCGUAAGAUCGAUUUGGCCCGACAUCAGGCCAACCGAAUCAAAUUGGCCGCAGAAUUCAGGAGUGACUCCUACUUACAGCUUAAUAAUCCGGAUUCACUUCGAGAGUCCGCAACCCAUACAAAAUUGUCGCUAUUCUUCCGCACCACUGAACCCAAUGGUCUGUUGGCUUAUAUCGGAAAUCCGAUCGCAAUCUCAAAGAAACCAAAGCUCAAGCGAUCUGAACCUUCAGACGAUGCGGACACAGAUGAAGAGCAAACGAUUAGUUCCAAACGAAAAGUUUCAUCUGAUUUCAUGUCACUGGAGAUAAUAUCAGGAAAUGUUGUGCUAAACUGGGAUUUAGGCGUCGGAACCUCUACACCCAUUCGUAAUGAUAAGUAUGUGAGCGAUUGGAAGUGGCAUCAGGUGAUCGUCGAGCGCAUCGGCAGAUCCAUCCAAUUGGUGGUCAAAUCUCAGAACGAAAAGGACUCCGUUGUGGAGACAUCAUCUCAAGGACCGGCGAGUGUCUUCAAUUUGGAUGAACGCUAUUCUCGUAUAUUCAUCGGUGGAAUUCCGGACUACGUUCAGGUCCAGAAGGAGGUCCAGUACAAGAGAUAUAAGGGUCAAGUGGAGGAUGUGGUGUUGGGCGAGGGUCCGCUCGGUUUGUGGAACUUUAAAGAUUCGGAUCAUGUUUUGGGGGCCAAAGAGAGAGAGGCUUUGGUUGAUUUGGAUUCAGCCGAAGGCUUGUAUUUUGAUGGCACCGGUUAUGCAAUUCUCUCUCGAGGACGACUAAACUUAACUAAAGACACAUACAUUAGACUUAAGUUCAAGACAUUCGCAAAAGAAGGCCUUUUGCUUCUUUUAGGACACGAACGCGAUUUCUUGGCCCUCGAACUCAAGGAUGGAUUCGUUUAUUUUAAGUAUGAUUUAGGAAGCGGUCCCUAUAUGUUGAAGAGCAAUAUAACCACCAAUGAUGGCAAAUGGCACACCAUUCAGGCCAAUAGACAAGAAAAAGGGGGUAUCAUUAGUUUGGACGGUGUUUUUGGAGACCAGGGCGAUGCCAUUGGUCUCAAUACAGAAUUAUCCACAACAGAUGACAUAUAUAUCGGCGGUUAUCCUAAUCAUCACCACUACUAUGAAGUAACUAAUGUUGACUUUGAGGGAUGUAUUAAAGAACUACAGAUAGGAACUGAUCGACAAAAUUUACAAAACGUUAAGGAAGUCUUAGGAGCGGUUCCGGGUUGUCUGACAACUGCCGGAAGAACAGCUUCAUUCACAAAUGAAUCGACCGGUUAUGUGGCCAUUGAAUCCAAUCUGAAUCUCGAGCGUAACGUUCAAAUAACUCUCAAUUUCAAGACAUCCGAUCCAAAUGGUCUACUCUUUUACGUGUCAAACAGUGAUCUGUCCUCUCAUUUGGCCAUAUAUUUGGAAUCGGGAACUCUUAGUCUUCGCGUACAACCGGGCGGUUCCAUACGAACUGAACACCGGACCUAUAAUGACAAACAGUGGCAUUUCAUAACCGCUAGUUUUACUCCUGAGAGACUCAGACUAGACGUCGAUGACAUCAAUUCGUUUACUAUAGAAACCACUGAAAAGAAUGAAUUAAUAGUUGGAGAGAACAACACCAUAUAUUUUGGUGGUCUUCCCACUCAGAUCUCUUCGCAUGCAAACUUUGUGUCUUCUAUUCCCACAUAUUUUGUCGGCUGUUUAGGUGACGCCACUGUAAACGAAAAGUUUCAAAAUUUUGCCGACGCUUCCCAUAAACCGAACGCUUCUCUGACCAGUUGUCCGCUCACUGAACACAAGAGUUUUGACAAUUCAGAUGAAGAAAUCAGAGCAUUGACUGAAGCAAUCAAAGUAACCGAUGGGCCGACACCCGCCACGUCCACGUCGGCCCCAUUUAUACCGCCCAGAGCUUCAAUACAACCGCCGCCUACAGGACAGUGUAGAUUAUCUUCGGUUCCUGCGGAAGACAACACGCCUUCGCCACCAAAUGUGGUUCGCUUUGGAGACACGCACUGGAGUCGACAUGAAUUCGAGAUAUCCUCCGAAGUGGCCAAUGGUCUGCUCGAAGAAAGCGGUUUCCAAAUUGAAUUCAAAACUACUCACGAAGAAGGGGUCAUAUUCUAUGUGACGUCCGUUAAUCAUAUCGAUUACGUGAGUCUAUACCUAUUGGAGGGCAAAGUACAUUAUGCCUGGGAUUGCGGUUCCGGAAGGGCUAUAAUCCCAUCAAACAAUGUCUACAGCGAUGGUCAGUGGCAUAAAGUGACAUUCAGUCGAAAGGGUCGAAACGGAAUCCUACGGAUCGACGACGGGAAGGAAGAAUUCACGGGAUUCUCAAACGGCGCCACAAACUCAUUGAACGUCAAGUCUCCCAUUUAUAUCGGAGGAAUACCUGAAGAACUGAGCAAAUUAGCCAAAAGUAAUUUACGCGGUUUGGAUAAAACAGGUUCUUUGUCGGCAUCAGUGGUCACAUCAUUUGUCGGAUGCCUUCGAGAACUCAGUGUUCACGCGAACCGAUACGAGUUCGGCGUUCACAGCGUCGGCCAUCAGGCCUCCAAAUGUACGGAUAGUGUAGAGUCGGGUUCGUUCUUCCACUCAGAUGGCGGUCACAUCCGACUAUACGACGAGUUCAGAGUUGGCUCACAAUUCUCGGUCAAUCUGGAGAUAAAGCCGCGAACUCUGUCUGGAGUUCUGUUGGCAGUGUUCGGACAAACCGAUUAUCUCCUCAUAUAUCUAAAUGACGGCAAUUUGACGUUCGCUGUCGACAACGGAGCUGGCUCAUUUAACGUCACAUUUAACCCAAGCUCUAAAUACUACUUAUGCGACGGGGAAUGGCAUACAGUUCACGCCAGCAAAAUCAAUAAUGUGGUGACACUUACUAUCGAUAAACAAUUUGGUGACACAGGAAUGGGCAUCGGAGGAGUUUCCUCCACUGAUACCAAAGACCCGCUAUAUAUCGGAGGAGUUCCAGUGGAUGUGCAACUGUCUAAAGGCAUAGUCGAUAACUUUGUCGGCUGUUUACGUGUAGUGGAGAUGAAUAGUCGCCGACACUCUCUAAAUCAGGCCCGAGUCGAAGGACACGUUACUCUCAACUCAUGCUCUUUGCUAUAAUAUUAUGUCUUAUCUGUAGUGAGAAAGCGAUUAAAUUGUCAAUCGAUAAGAAUAGCGUAAAACUUAAUUAAACUAAUCUUUCAAAAUUUAUAUACAUUUAAUUAAAGUCAUGGG